UUCAUAAACAGCUCGUCAACCACCUCGGUAGCUUGCUAGCCAACAUAGCCGAAAGAUUCAAGCUAUUUAGACGCUUUCGGUGUAUAUUAGCUACUGUGUUGUAGACACACUUAUGUCGUAUCUACUUGUUAAUCUAUUUAAUAUUACGUUAUUUUGUAUUAGUCAGCUAUAGUAGCUGACUGGUUAAGUUAGCACUAGCCUAGUCGCUAAUGAUAGCUAGCUAACAUCCCCGAACAUGAGGUCAGUAAGCUUCUCCCCUCUUGUUCAAGAAGAGGCGGUCUGCUGGACGGAGAAAGAAUCUCUGGGGCAGAACAUUGUCGUGAAAGAGGAGGAAGAAGAGGAUGUCACAGUAAAACAAGAAGUAGAGGGUGAGGCUGUUACAGUGAAAGAAGAAGAGAAAGACGUUACAGUGAAAGAAGAGAAAGACGCGUUCAGAGUGAAAGAGGAGGAAGCAGUUUUUGGAGUGAAGAAGGAAGGGGAGAUUACUGUCACAUUGGAAGAUGAAGAGGAGAUAGGAGAUCUGAUUAACACCAAACCUGAGCCCUAGGACCAUACGUCAGGACUACCGGGCAUGCUGACACCUUGCUGUCCCCAGUCCGCCCGGCCUUGCUGUUAUUCCAGUUUCAACUGUUUCUGCCUGCGGUUACGAAACCCCUACCUGUCCCAGACCUGCUGUUUUCAACUCUUAAUGAUCGGCUAUGAAAAGCCAACUGAGAUUUAUUCCUGAUUAUUAUUUGACCAUGCUUGUCAUUUAUGAACAUUUUGAAAAUCUUGGCUCUCUCUAAUUUUCUCCUUCUCUCUUUCUUUCUCUCGGAGGACCUGGGCCCUAGGACCAUGCAUCGGGACUGCCGCCCGUGGUGACUCCUUGCUGUCCCCAGUCCGCCUGGCCUUGCUGCUAUUCCAGUUUCAGCUGUUCUGCCUGCGGUUAUGGAACCGCCACCUGUCCCAGACCUGUUGUUUUUCAACUCUUAAUGAUCAGCUAUGAAAAGCCAACUGAAAAUUAUUCAUGAUUAUUAUUUGACCAUGCUUGUCACUUAUGAACAUUUUUGAACAUCUUGGCAUAGUUCUGUUAUAAUCUCCACCCGGCACAGCCAGAAGAGGACUGGCCACCCCUCAUAGCCUGGUUCCUCUCUAGGUUUCUUCCUAGGUUUUGGCCUUUCUAGGGAGUUUUUCCUAGCCACCGUGCUUCUACACCUGCAUUCUAGCUGUUUGGGGUUUUAGGCUGGGUUUCUGUACAGCACUUCGAGAUAUUAUCUGAUGUACGAAGGGCUAUAUAAAAUAAAAUUGAUUGAUUGAUUGAUCAAUGUGUGAAGAGUUUUACUACAUCUGGCUCUCUGACAGUGCACCAGAGAACACACACAGGAGAGAAACCUUAUAGUUGUAAUCAUUGUGGGAAGAGUUUUAAUACAUCUGGCGCUCUGAAUGUACACCAGAGAACACACACAGGAGAGAAGCCUUAUAUCUGUGACCAAUGUGGGAAGAGUUUUACUACAUCUAGCUCUGUGACUAAACACCAGAGAACACACACAGGAGAGAAAUCUUAUAGCUGUGAUCAAUGUGGGAAGAGUUUUACUACAUCUGGCUCUCUGACAGUGCACCAGAGAACACACACAGGAGAGAAACCUUAUAGCUGUAAUCAAUGUGGGAAGAGUUUUACUACAUCUAGCCAUCUGACUCCACACCAGAGAACACACACAGGAGAGAAACCUUUUAGCUGUGAUCAAUGUGGGAUGAGUUUUUCUACAUCAAGCUCUCUGACUAUACACCAGAGAACACACACAGGAGAUAAAUCUUAUAGUUGUAAUCAUUGUGAGAAGAGUUUUCCUACAUCUAGCCAGCUGACUUCACACCAGAGAACACACACAGGAGAGAAACCUUAUAGCUGUGAUCAAUGUGGGAUGAGUUUUACUACAUCAAGUCAUCUGAUUCGACACCAGAGAACACAUACAGGAGAGAAACCUCAUAGCUGUAAUCAAUGUGACAAGAGAUACUCUAAUAAAAGGUGUCUGAUCAAACAUCAGAAAAUACAUACAUGAAGAAGUUGUUUCAUGAUAUCAAUGAAAUGAUGUCACAAUGUAGAAUGUUUUAACAUUGUAGUAUGACUAUUUUAAUGAUGUCACAAUAUAGAAUGUUUUAACAUUGUAGAAGGAGUAUUUUAAUGAUGUUCUACCUUAUCCUUAUCGUUUACCCUGUUUAAUUGAUCGCAGCAUGAUAUGGAUAUUAGCCUCAGGGGAAAAUCCAGGCUCUGAGUUGAAAGAGUAUUAUUUAACAAAAAGUGACAAACUAAAAAACAGCUGUGUUACAUUUACUGCGUUGGUGACCCACUUUAAUCAAAAUGCAGCACUUCAAAAUGUAGCUAGCUGUUUUCUACAAGUUGAAAAGCUGCUUGUUUAAAAAAAUACAUGUAAUAUGAUAAUUGUUGCAGAUGUUUGUGUAUACACACACAUGAAUAAUAAUAAAUUGGUCUAUAAUCAAUUUCAUUAACAA